UGGUGCACAAUAAUUAGAGAGGAAAGCAAGCUUAAAAUGUAAAUUGAUAUCAUAUAAUUUUAUUUUUUUCUUAUCAUGUAUGUGUAUGCAUAUGUGCAUGCCAGUGCCAUUGAGGCUAGAAGAGGGCUUAGGUUGCCCUGAAGCUGCUGUUACAGCUGGGUAUAAGUCAUCCAGAGCUGGCCCUAGAGCUCAGAUUCUGGUCCUCGGCAAGGAUGGUGGGUGCUCUUAUCCGCUGAACCAUCUGAGAUGCCUCAUAAAUUCAUAAUGGAAAAGUAUAUUUGAAUUUUAUUUGGUGAGUUGGGACUUGUUGGACUUGUCUCUGUAUUAUUUCAGUUUUUAAUAGAAUCAGCCAGGAAAGUUGAUAAUGUCAUGAUUAUCAAAUAAGAAAUUAAGUCGGGUUUUUUGUUUUGUUUUGUUUGUUAUUUGUUUUCAGGAGGAAAUUCUGGAAGCCCGGCUAGGAAGUAGUUAAUAUUGAAUUUCCAGUCAUGAGUACUGACUAUAAAUCAAACCCAGAGAUUUUUAAAAUUAUGCAAAGAACCUAUGGAUCAUUUCUGAGGGCUUACAGAUCUCUAGCAAUGUUUCCUUUUGUGUAGAGCCAAACCCUAGUGCCUGGCAAGCCACACCUAAAGGCGGACACUGCAGACCAGCCCAGGGCAGGGCAGGGCUGGAGAACCAAGGGCCUGUGCCUAGCCCAAGAGAGCUGACCGCUCCCUGCGCUCCUGCGGGGUGCGUUUCCACUCCACCUCAGCACCCUAGUGAGGUCUCCACAGCGCGGGUGGCCAUGAACCCCGAGAGGCGAGGCCGUGAGCCCCGCGGGGCGAGGACGCUGAUGCUCCAGGUGGCCAGGGGGCUGAGGGCCGACCUGAGGGCCGCGGCCACUGGGCCCUGGAGGAGCCUGGCCAGGAUGCCGAAGCCCGAGGUGCCAGACCCGGAGGCAGCAGCUGCAGGACAUGAGUGCUUGCUUCCAAUUGAGAGGAGCUUUCAAAAUGCUGCUAAAAGCAAUAAUUUGGAUCUUAUGGAGAAGCUGUUUGAAAAGAAGGUUAACAUUAAUGCCGUGAACAAUAUGAACCGCACAGCCCUGCACUUUGCAGUGGGAAGCAAUAAUUUAUCUGUAGUGGAUUUCUUACUGAGUCACAAAGCAAGGGUGGAUGUUCCUGACAAGCAUGGCUUGACAGUAAUUCACCUUGCAGCCUGGUCUGGAAGCUUGGAGAUCAUGCUCAUGCUCGUUAAAGCUGGAGCAGACCAGAGAGCCGAGAGCCAGGAAGGAAUGAAUGCUCUGCACUUCGCAGCUCAGAACAACAGCCUGCGCAUUGUGGAUUACCUCAUUCAAGACUUGCACCUGCAGGACCUGAACCAGCCCAAUGAGAGAGGAAGAAAACCAUUUCUUUUGGCAGCUGAGAGGGGCCAUGUUGAGAUGAUUGAAAAGCUUAUCUUCCUUAAUCUGCAUACUUCAGAAAAAGACAAGGAGGGAAACACCGCCCUGCAUCUGGCUGCCACGCAUGGUCACAGCCCAGCGGUGCAGGUACUGUUAACUCAGUGGCCGGAAGUAAACACGACCAAUGAGAAUGGAGAGACUCCCUUCAUGCUGGCUGUUGAACGAGGUCAUGAAGAAUGCAGUCGAGUGCUCCUGGCAGGAGGAAGUGAUGUCAACAUUCCAAACAGACUCAAUGUCAGCGCUUUGCAGAUGGCAACCCGGAAUGGCCAUACAUCCCUUGUCAACUUUCUUCUCUCUGAGAAUGCUGAUUUGCAGCAGGAGAAGGAACCUGCUGAGUCAGCGCUUCACUUAGCGGUCACCAACAACCAUCCCACAGUCGUGACCAGCUUGCUGAGAGCUCGGCAUGACGUUGACGCCCUAGAUCAGAGGCAGCAGACCCCUCUGCAUGUAGCUGCUGAUCUUGGAAACGUGGAGCUGGUGGAGAUACUGCUGAAGGCUGGCUGCAACCUCAAAAUCACUGACAAGCAAGGAAAGACUGCCCUGGCGCUGGCUGCCAGGAGCCACCACAGCCUCAUCGUGGACAUGCUCAUCAAAGCUGAGAGGUACUAUGCAUGGAGAAAGGAGAACCAUGAGAGCCUCCAGGACUCAGCAGGAAGUGCUACACUGACAUUCAAGCAGGACCACAGUCUGGAGACCAGGCAUAUCCGAAUGUGCCUUUGGGACCUGGCCUACCAGCAGCUGAAGGAUAAUGACUGGCAGAGGCUGGCCCGCUUAUGGAGCUUUACGGAGGACCAGAUCAGAGCCAUCGAGGAACAGUGGUCAGGGAGUGACAGCUUCCGUGAGCAUGGUUACAGGGCUCUGCUCAUCUGGCUGCACGGGGCUCUGAUGACACAGCCUGACCCUGCCAAGCAGCUGUAUGAGGAGCUGGUUCAAGCAGGAUUCCCAGAAGUAGCUGAAAAGAUUCGUCAGGUCAAAAGUAAAACUGACUCAAGCUCCAGGAAAUGUGCAGUCUCUUAAGCUGGAGAAACAGUUCAAAUAGCUUCCCUCUCCUCAUUCCGUUUGUUCACUUCAGUCCCUGAUUGCCACAGCCACCCUGCAGUAGACUGAUUUUCCAGUACAAAGACAAUGCCCCUCCAAGAAUGGAUGGGAAUGCACCACCUUCCCACUGCUCCAGGCCACACAUUGGCUUUGCUGUUUUUUUGAGGCAAAUGGUGUGUGACUUUUCCAUUUCUGUCAUUUGACGCACACAUGGAACAGCAUAGCUAGAAGGGUUCUAUUCAUGCUUAAAGACAAACUUAUUGUAGGAGCAGCAUCGUGGCACAUGGGAAAACAAGGGCUAGGAGAGGCAGCUCUGACAUUGGAUGCUUGGCUGUUUGUUGUACCUGGAUAGCGAGGCCCCAAAAGACCACCAGGAGUUGAAUCUAAUGCAAAACACAUGAGGAUUUAUUGGAUACAAGCUCAAGCUUGGGUUACAGCAACCUCUCUGUGUGACCCAGAGGUCUAGGGGAACAAGGUUUUUAAAAACAAGGUUUUUAAAGGUCAAAACCACAAGCGGGGGCUACAAGCUUUGGGUAGGGGUUUACUUUAGGCGUCAAGACCAUAAAAUGGUUCUGGCCCAGCUGUUUGGAGAGUAUUUGAUCAUGAGUAAUGCCUGAAAUGUGCUGAUUAGCUGUUGCUAGGGAAGAUCAAUUAGCAUUCUCUGUCUUCACAAGCUAGAGGCCAUCUGGGUGAGUUGCCAGGAAAUGAUAUCUCUUAAGUGUAACGAGGAAUAUGGUCAAGCCUGAUUACUCCCUGCAGCUGGCAGGACAUGUCUUAAUUAACCUGGUCCUUUGUCUAAACUUUUACUCAGGACUUUAGUCAUGCUGCCCUAAGAUUCUAACUUUAAACUUUGGACCUCUCACUGUGAGAAGAAGGCAUGUAAUAUUACUGAUGUCCUCAUCUUUAGCUUCCUUUUCUGAUAGACAAAAUGUUUCCUCCAGAGACUGGGGUGAAGAUGAAGGGAAAACAUCUGUGAAUGUCUGACCUCAAGCCAUGGUAUGCAAGUCAUAAACUCUUAUUGUAAAGGAACUGCGUUUGGAAAUUCAGUCAUUGCUGGUUUUAUACCACACAAGCGUAAUCCAUUUUUCAGGAAAAAACCAGACACAUACCAGUGAUUUUUAAACCAUUUGUAUUCUAAAAUUGGGUAAUUUUAAUUCUUUGUACUUUCCAGUACACUCUAUUUUUGUUCACAACAAAUAAGCAUUACCUUUUUUAAUCUGAAAAAGUUAUGAAAGGUAUCAGUUUUCAUGGAUGUAUGCCUUCUCAGCCAAAGCUGGUAAGAAAAUCAUGGGCAAUUUAGUUAUUCUGUCAUGAAUUUGCAGUUUCAAGUUUUUCCUAUAUUGAUUGUAAAUGGCCCACUUAAUGCUAGGAAUGCUUAAAACAGGCAAUAUAUUCACAAGAUUACAAAUUUUUAAAAUAGUAUUAAAUAAAAACUCCCAUCUCAGUCUGUUCUUCAGUUUGGCCAGUUUCUACUGACUUUGCUAGCAUGUCUCCCCCAACUUAACCUCUGUAUAUAAAAGAAAUACAAAUACAUACUUAGUAUAGAGAAUGUUUCACCAUCAAGCUUGUUAUUUAGCUCAGGCCAAUAUGAAUUAUUUGUUGAACAGCAUGCAGCACUUUUAGAGUUAAGUGAUGCCUGUAAUAGUCCUAGUCACAUCAACUUUCACGUCCAUAUGACUUGGCCUGGAUACUGAAAACCUAGCUUCAGUAUGGGCUCCUCAAAGGUUGAGCCUAAGACUAAGGUUUCUGUAGAAAAUGGCCAUGAUGACGAGGAGAAGCAAGGCGAGGAUGCUACCAAAUAGCUCCAGUUGGUGUCAAGUUUGGCUACCUGAUCCUAAGGACACUGUGUUCCAAGAUGGGAUGAAUUAACGCAUCACAGGGUGGUUCAAAAGGGAGGAUGGAGGAGGAAUUGAUCCAUUGUCACUAUGUGCUCUAAAGAUUUAAAUGUAUGUGUUUGGCUGUUAUGUACAUACACAUGUAUGCCUGGUGCCUGCCAAGGCCAGAAGGGAGUGUUGAGUUUUCUGAAUGGAGUUACAGAUGGUUUUAAGCUGCCAAACGGGUGCUGCGAAAAGAACUAGCAUUCUCUGCAGGAGCAGCAAGUGCUCAGUGGUUCAGAGUCAUCUCUUGAGUUCUACACAGUGGGGCUUCCAUUCUGGGCCACAUGAGUGCUUUCUUAGGGUAGCCUAGCAUUCCUUCUGGCUUUCCUGAGAGCAUGCCCAGAGGAAAGGAGAAAGAAGGUACUGCCGCUCUUCACUCACCUAAUCAAAUGAGGUUUUGCAACAGCACUAGCUGGGCCACUGCCUGAUAUGCCUGUAAUUUAGAAAAGCCUUAAGUACUCGUUAUAAAAUGGAAUUGUGUUUGCCUAUAUCACAUUUAGUCUCUGAAGUGUGAGGCAGCAAGGAAAAUGACUUUUUAUAAUAAAAUGAGAGAGCACAGAUGUAGAUCAUGCUCAAACUGGCAGAGGCUUCAAAAGACCAAAACCCACCCAUGUCUGGAAAUGGAGGCCCAGAUGGACAGUGUCACACAGGGAAGAGAAGUACAUUCCACUCACAUUACAGAUGAAGAUCCUGAAAUCCUUUAAUUAAAUGUUUGGCUAAGAGAACAGAGCCAGCAAUAAAACCAUGGAGACCUUUUCUCCUAUCUCUUUCUUUCUCUCUCUCUCUCUCUCCCCCCUCUUUCUGUUUUUUUGAGACAGGAUUUCUCUACACAGCCCUGGCUGGCCUGGAACUCACUAUGUAGACCAGGCUGGCCUCACAGAGCCCAUUGCCUCUGCCUUCCCAGUGGUGGGAUUAAAAGCAUGUACUGCCAUGCUUUGCUCAGAUGGCCUGGUCACACUGGCCAGCCACUGGAAAGUUUAUGCCCAGGCUAAAAGACCUGAUGUCUUGCAGGGUGACCCUCUGCAGCACACGUGGAGAUAUGCAGAGGGCUGUAGGCAGGCUCAAUGCUGCAACCCUCAACAAGAUGAAAAAACAAUGGAAGCAGGGUCAUCCCAGUAGGGAAUUCCUUUUUGUUUU